UUGUUUCUUUUUUUUCAGCCCUGAAAACUUUGUUGCGCAUGAUGUUGUUGUUCAUACAGGGGCGCCAAAUCUCGCCGAGAGCAUCGAUGAGACGGUUCGUUUGCCGUGGAGAUGAAGAGAAGACUACAGAAAAAAUAUAUUAUCCUAAUUUUAGGUUAUUCCGUUGUUCUCCUUUUAAUUCCAUAUGUAUUAGAUUACCGGGCUAAAUCCGCUCAGGUUAAACAUGGACUGCAACAGCCAAGGUGUCCCGAUUUGGAAAACACAAUUGCAUUAUGGAAUAACGGAGAUAAACCGGGUAACGAUGCACUCACUUUUCGGCACGACAACGCCACGGACACAAUAGAGGACGUUGUCAACAGGAAUCAUUCAAAAACACAUAUCUAUCUUCAUGCAACAUGGAGAACAGGCUCUUCAUUUUUGGGGGAACUGUUCAACCAGCACCCAGAUGUAUUCUAUUUAUACGAGCCGAUGUGGAAUAUGUGGCAAGCGCUCUACCCAGGAGACGCUGGAAGUCUGCAAGGAGCUGUGCGAGAUAUGAUGAACUCGCUUUUUCGUUGUGAUUUUUCCGUCUUAAAAUUGUAUGCUGGCUCCAGCAAUAUAAGCACAUCUUUCAUUUUCGGUUGGAAGACCAACAAGGUGAUCUGCUCCGAGCCUUUGUGCAGCGCAUAUAAGAAGCAUGAAGUGGGAUUAGUUCAAGGAGAUGUCUGCAGUAAAUGCACAGCGAAGGACAUCAAAGAACUGGAAAGAGAGUGUAAAAAGUACCCAGUGGUUGUCAUUAAAGACGUGCGGGUCUUGGACAUGGGUGUGCUGGUGCCGUUGAUGAGAGAUCCUACCCUCAACCUUCAAAUAGUCCAGUUGUUCAGAGACCCGAGGGCUGUGCACAAUUCUCGAUUGAAAUCAAAAUUGGCCCUGGUCAAAGAAAGCAUACAAGUUCUUCGAAGCAAGAAGCAAACAGAUAAAUAUAAGCGCUUGCUAGUCCCAAACAACCGGGUAAACCGAGCUGAGAGCUAUGUCGCCAGCGCCAUGGAGCUGAUAUGCGACAACUGGCUAAAUGACAUGUUGCUUGUUAUGAACGCACCACCAUGGGUGAAAAGGAACUACAUGCAAAUACGAUACGAGGACCUGGUUAUGCACCCGGUGGAUGAGCUGCAGAGGCUUUAUCGCUUCUCCAACCUCACUAUGUCUCCAGCUCUGGAGAAAUUUGUGCUGAACAUGACACAUGGACAUGGAUACUCCUCUGACAAACCGUUCCUCAUAUCUUCAAGAGACGCUAAAGAGGCAAUCUUCGCCUGGCGAGAACGGUUGAAUGUUGAACAAAUAAACUAUGUGGAAUCAUACUGCAAUGAAGUCAUGCGCCAGUUGGGAUAUCAUAAACGAAAUGUGGACAAAACAUAGGCAUUUCUUUUACUAAGGAGAAUGGAGGAGCUUCAUGUACAGGAGCAGAGUGCGAGGAGCAGGAGAGGAGAGGGGUGUGUGGCCACAGGCAAAGCGGAACGGAAGAUGGACUGGAACAACUGGAGCCCCAUUCCCACACAGUGGGCAGCCUUCCUGCCUCCUUGCCUUGCCUUGCCUUGCCUUGCUUGGCCAGGCCUGUCUUCUCACAUUCGCUGGAGACAAGAGAGAGAAGAUGCACCGUGGAAGCUCCUCUGGGACUGAUAGACAGCAGGCUUAGGGAACAUGGUGGGGGGAACAACAAGAGAGGGAAGUGAGAUAAAUGCAGAUUGACUGGAAGGAAGAGUGGUUCCGUGCCAUGAAUCUGUAUUUAAGGUUGCCAGGCCUUCAAAAAAAGACCAGAUUUAAGAGACACAAAAAAUUGUUAAUGAAGGGAAAACAAGAAACCCACAAUAAAAAAAAACAUCUGAAAGGGAAAGUGAAGGAGAUAUCAGGGUGAGACGCGAGGAGAAUGUGAGCAAGGCUGCGCCUCAGCCUGAGCUGUCGCGACGCCCAGAUUUCAUCUGCGCUAAUCCCUUGCCAAUCCCUUUGCGAGCCUUAAUCGCCCGAGCCUGGGCUGCUUGACUGACUAGCAGGGCCAGAACUGAGUUCGAGUUCGAGGUCCCUGUGUCGUGGUGUGCCAACCUCUUCACCUCUUCCCUUGGUUCUGUACUGCCUGAGCCUUGUGUGUGUGUGUGUGUGUGUGUGUGUGUGUGUGUGUGUGUGUGUGUGUGUGUGUGUGUGUGUGUGUGUGUGUGUGUGUGUGUGUGUGUGUGUGUGUGUGUGUGUGUGUGUGUGUGUGUGUGUUCCAUAUGUCUUCGCACACUGUGUCUGAGGCCAGACUUCACGUUCCAACCUAAGAGAGAAAAGUAAGACAAUUAAACAAAAAAACAGACCAACACUAACAUCUUCUAAACGUGUAACCAUGUUCAACUGACAGCGAGAGAGAUGUAUAACUUUUAAGUGCUGCUGGGUAGUUUUUUUCAGGGGGGUAUCACCAGGCCUUGGAGUUUUGGGUUGAAGGGGGAUGGAAUGUUACCGAGACGUUCACACAUGCACGCCUCGCCCAGUCUUGGUGAAAACCUUCUAACUGCCGCUGCUUUGGUCCUCCUGGGCAAGUCAAGCCCUCCUUUGGCUGUUCCGUCACACUGGUGUGAAAUUCCCUAAGGUCCAAAUGGAGAUGCCUGCGAGGUCGCCCCGUCUUUCCAUCCCCCUGUGAAUGUGUGUGUGUGUGUGUGUGUGUGUGUGUGUGUGAGUCACACUCUACUGUAGCUCAGAUUUCACGGUUUUUUUUUUGAGGGGGGCAAAACACGUGGACCAUGCAAGAGUACAUCACACAUCCCCUAAUGCCAUCAUCCACAAUGACUUUGUUUGGUGUUCUCAAAUCAAGACAAAUUGUGUGACACGGCUUACGCCCCCCUGAUCUCAUCUGCCCUAUAUUUAGAGACGAAACAGUUUGGGAGAUCAGUGGUUUCUUUGCGUUUGGACGGUUUUGGAGCAAAACACAUUCCGUGCCCUUUUGCACUUUGUCUUUUGUGUUUACAGCAUCUGCCCAGGAUUUCAUCAACUUCUCAGCCACAGAAAGCCAUGAACAUUACCAUCUCUCUUGAAGGACUUAACCGUUUAACUGACUGGUCAUCACAGAACAAUAUUUAUGAACUGAAUAAUAAAUGACACCAUUUUCCUUUUUUUUAACUUCUGUUUGAUGUCUGUUUUUAUUUUAAUGCCAUAUAAAAAGCAGUUCCUCAAUUUUGCUUGGGCAAAAACUGAAGGAUAUACAGAGGAUACUUGGUUUCCAUUUUUUUAAUGCAUACCACAGGUUUGACACAACUGGCCAUUUUUCAGGCUGAAUGCAUUUUAUGUUUUGAAUGAUUGAUUAUAUGGGGGGGAAAUCUCAAGGUUUAUUACAGUGCAUCGUCUUCCUCUAACAUGGUUCAGAUCGCUUUUACAAAAAUGAUGGUCCCCUGUACAUAUUGAACCAACAGAUACAUCAGCAUGCAGGAUAUUGCAAGUAAAACAUGAUUGCUACAGUAUAGGAGACAGAGUAAUGAUGAGGUGCUGACUUGAUAUAUACACAUUAAUUGGUUUUCCCACCAAAAAGGGUUCAAGUGGUUGAAAGACAUAAAGCACGAAUGAGGAGUGGAAAGCAGGUAGUUCUUUUUUUUCUCGUCACGGUUUCAAGCUCACUUGAAGCAAUUGCACCACAUUUUGGGUCAAAGUGUUUUGCAGCAUCUAUGGCACCGAGCCAGCCACUUCCUUACUUCUGCUGACAGACUUGGGACUAAAAGCUCACCACCUCAAUCCUCCAAAUGUGUAGUUCUUCAUCACUCAUUACCAGAUCACUGGUUGAUUGGCCAGCCUGCCUACACAACUUGGGACUGUCAGACAGCCCCAGUCGCAGCAGCAGCAGUGUCAGCAGACAUAGAGUAUAGUGAAGCGGUUUACAUGCGAGUGUAAAAGCAUAUGGGCAUUCUCACAGUUGUCUACCUGAUCAUUAACACCCAGUGUGAACAAACUGCCACCUGCUCUAUGUGUGUGUGCGCGCGUGUGUGUGUGUCUGUGUGUCUGUGUGUAGCGUGAGUGCUAAAAUACUUUCACAUGGCCACAGGCUUUGGGACGGUCCAUGUGAUGGUGGGGACAAAGAUUACAACGGGUCACAUUCAAGUUGGGGUUGGCUGUAGCUGCAGCAGACAGCAGUUGGCUUGGGGCAGCCAAAUCUUUAGUAAGUAAAUAAGUGGCCAGUCAGAGACGCUGCUUUCUUUUUUUUCGCUGAAUGGCAAUGAGAUGUGAUGGUUGUGCUGAGACGUUAUUAGCACUAGCGUUCGAGGUGCUCCAGUCCCGGACAGAGAGGCCUGAAACCAAAUAGGACGCAGGCCCAGCAGUCACAGCUGGGUGUUGAGAGGUUCUCUUUCCCCCCGCUAUCCUUCUUUUUAUCCAAUGCUCUUACAAAGCAGUGUGGACACAAUAUGUGAUUACAUGGGAGAGGGCAACAAAAAAACCUGACCUGUUCCCAGACAGAAAAUCCACCCCUCUCUCACUGGUGCAAAGCUGCUUUCCCCUUCUGCUAUCGCCCGUCUCAAUUGUAUAGGUAUCAGAUAGGCCACGCACCUGAAUGACUUGGGUUUCUACUGGCCCUCAUCCUCCUCUAAGCUCCAUUUAAACGCACUCACUCACUCACUCACUCACUCACUCGAUGAGCCAACAAGGCUAACAUUCUGUACAUUGCACGAAGAGGAAAUAAAACACACUCGCACUGUGCUAAACACUAGUUGGCACAGAGGGCACCAACUUUCAACAAUGAGAUUUGCUCAGCUACCUCCCCUGUGAGCUCUUUUAAAAAACAAAAGAGUUAGCAUUAACAUUGUCAGCGCAGAUGGGCUUUGUCACUAAGCAGCCCCCAUUUGCGCAACAUCGCAUUAACGCCCCUGGCAGGCCUGCGCCGCCACUGGACCGACUUCUUUCCUUUAGCGUGUUGGGGUUUUUUUUUUGGACCGCAGCUCAGCUGCAGCUAAAGUGCUUGAGGAGCGUUUCGUUUCGUUUCCCCCCCCUCCUGCUGCGCACUGCUGUGGGGCUCUGAGCACCGACAGCUGCGGACCAGAGGCUACAGGGGCCCCACUGGGGCCUCCACAUCACAGCAGCGCUGAGGGGCCCCCAUAACCAACCAGCCGCCCACCUCUUACAAUUUUGUUGGAGGAAAGCCAAUGACUACAAUUGCAAACUGCAAUCUAUGUUCUCUAAUAUGGCUUCAACAUUUAGAGUAAGAAUAUUAACACGUAUACUAACAAAAGAAAGAAAGAGCGUUCAGACGGAGUGUCUCUCACAGUUACAUGAAAUCCUCUUCAGAUAAACAAAACAUGAAAAGUGUUGGGGCUGUCUGAAAAUAUGUGCAGAAAUACUUCAUUUGAAUAUUUUUUUCUUAAAAAGCGAAGUAACAUAUAAACAAAUCACAUAAUCCCUAUUAAACAUUUCAUUGGGGGACUCAAGGCAAUUUUACUUUUUUAACAUCAUCCUUUUCACAAGGUUGCUUUAAAGCUACAUACUGAACACGGCAAUCUGACUGAUGCUUAUCAGGUAGAACUAUUUUGCAUUGGGGCAGACCAUAAGCUGUGCAAAGUACCGUGUUAAAGAAGGGGAGUUGAAAUACAGUAGAGCUAUUAAGUAGAAAUUUUGUUUCCCCUUCAUUUAUAGCAUGCUCUGCGAUGUUCUGUUCUAUUCCGAACAUAUAAUAUUCCCUAACUGGCUUGUGAAGUCUCCACUUAGGGGAAAAAACAGGAACGAGACGAUUCUCUGACGAUCCGCUCUGAGGAAAUUACCCACACAUCCAGCCGGAAGUGGUGGGUCACGACAUUUGUGUGCGUGCGUGCGUGUGUGUGUGUGUGUUUAUACAAACACACAUUCUGCCAGCAAUCACAUCUGUCAUCGACACGCAGGCCAGAACAAUACAGCGCUAUCCGUGACUGAUUGGCUAGGGAGCUACUCCAAUGGGGUUGGUGAAGUCUCUUGUAAACAGAACAAAACUCCUCUUUAGCUCCAAACAUCAAUAUGCACGUGUGUCCACACUUGGCUCUCAAACAUGGCUGCCGUUCCCAUAGGGACUGGAGUAAAACAAUAAACAACAAUAAUAUAAAAAAAACAAAUACACAUGAAUAAUCACAGAUGAUUGUGCCCCUGUAGACAGUGGCAAUAUGAUGUGGCUGUAAAUGGAUGAGGAUGGAAUUUUUAACAGGACUGAACUGCUACAGAAGCAAUGAGGUGUCCCGUUUGUGGAGCUCGGUGAUAUGGCAGGACUCAUGUGGUUGUGUAUAUGUGUGGGUGGAUCCACAUGUGUGAUGGACACACAUUGAGACUUCGAUGACGCGACUACUGCAAGUGACAAUGACGGGGCCUCGAUGGCACCAAAUGGCUCGAAUGUCUCUCCUGCAGUCUCAAGCAGCAGUGUGCGCAUGUUUGCGUCUGCGAGCCAGGUUUCCCCCCAUCCACAUCUUCAGAAAGGUGUCGAGAUGCUCCCUGGUUGGACGGCCAAGCGGGGUCCAAAGGGCAAGAGUUGGGGGUGGGUGGGGGUGGGUGUCUUCCAGUCCUCCGCUGGCCACAUUCAGACAGAGGAAAUCUAGUACAGUUUCACAGUAUGUAAUGGCAUGUCAAAGUCAGUUCAGUUCAGUUCAGUUCAGUUCUCCCUGGGCGUGAGCAGCAAAGGUCCACCUUUGUGGUCCCUCACUGGCGUGCAUCACUGCCUAUGCCACUACGAACAUGACAAUGGAAUGAUACUGAAUCGCUUCAAGACUUGAGGCGGCGUGGUUUAACCCACCCACUCACACACACUCUCUCUCUCUCUCUCUCUCUCUCUCUCU